UGAAAGGCACUGCAGCCUUUGCUCUCGGUGGGGGCAUCAAUCAUUAACCGGCGGCUUAGGUGUCUCGGCGGCGGCGCAGAUGGGAAAGGAGAAACUUGCUCCGCAGACUAUUGAAGAAACCGAAGCCGCGAGGGGAGCCUUGCUGAGCCAUAGAAAUCCUUGACCCAGGCGCGGCUGGCAAGGUUUGAAUUACCGCGAUGCUGCUGCUGCCGCUAGAGCUGCUGCUUGCCUCCUGCUCUUGCUGCAAUGAGUGAUGCAGGAGGAGGAGGAGGAGGAGGCGGUGGCGAAGCACAAAUCCACUGCAACUCUUCCAGCAGCACCAGCGGCAGGGAAAGCAGCUUUGCCUUUCCGGGCGGGAGGGGGCGGCAGCCGCAGCACGGAAGGAUCAUGCCCGCCGGCGUCGCAGUCCAGGGCCAGUCGCCCCCCACCGCCGCCUCGCCGCCACCGCCGCCGCCUCACCCCCGCCGCCUCCCGCCGCGCCGGGCCGCUCCCCUCUUGCGCUGGGACGAAGUGCCCGACGAUUUCGUGGAGUGCUUCAUCCUGUCGGGCUACCGGCGGCUGCACUGCACGGCGCAGGAGUGCCUGGCGUCGGUGCUGCAGCCCACCAAUGAGACGCUCAACUUCUGGACGCACUUCAUCCCUCUGCUGCUCUUCGCGAGCAAGUUUUGCCGCCUGCUGCUGCUGCGCGGCGCCGGCGACCUGCCUUUCCACCACCCCUUCUUGUUGCCGCUGUGGUGCUACGCGUCGGGCGUGCUGCUCACCUUUGCCAUGAGCUGCACGGCCCAUGUGUUCAGCUGCCUCUCGCUGCGCCUGCGCGCCGCCUUCUUUUACCUGGACUACGCCUCCAUCAGCUACUACGGCUUCGGCAGCACGGUAGCUUAUUACUACUACCUGCUGCCCGGGCUGAGCCUGCUGGAGCCGCGCGCGCUCAGCCGCUACCUGCAGCAGCGCCUGGGCUGGCACGUGGACUGCGGCGCGCCCAUCGCCUUGUACAGCGCGCUGCUGCUGCCCGUGGCCUUCCUGCUGGCCGUGGCCUGCACCGUGGCCUGCUGCAAAAGCCGCUCCGAGUGGUGCGCCUACCCCUUCGCCAUCCGCACUUUCGUCUUCGCCAUGCCACUCAGCAUGGCCUGCCCCAUCAUGCUCGAGAGCCUCCUCUUCGACCUCAAGGGCCACAACCCCACCCUCUUUGUCUACUUCUACCGCCGCUACUUAUGGCUUCUGGUGGCCGCCUUCUUCAACGUCAGCAAGAUCCCCGAGCGGAUCCAGCCCGGCCUCUUUGACAUCAUCGGCCACAGCCACCAGCUCUUCCACAUCUUCACCUUCCUCAGCAUCUAUGACCAAAUGUUUUACGUCGAGGAAGGCCUGCUGCACUUCCUGCGAGAACCUCCGCCCGCUUCGCCCACUUUCAUGGGCACCGUCGGCUACAUGCUGCUUUUGGGGUUGUGCUUAGCCUUGGUCAUCAAGCGGUUUUUAAACGUACCAGAGUUCUGCAAGCAGGAUUGAGGUAUCCUUCUAUUAUGGUUUCCUUUGAGAAUUUUAGUUAAUCGCUGUCGACUUUUACAGGUUGCUGCAAAGACCGACACAAAGAAUCUUGGUACCUUUCCAGGGAAGGUGGUACCAGGAGCACUGAAUCUUCACCCAUGCACUGAACUCCUUCUAGAAAACUGCUGC